CCUCAUAGAAGAAGAAAACGAAAGAAAUAUAAAACGAGAACCAUCUCCGUGUCAACUUGACUAAGAGAUAUCAAAGGGAGAGAGGUAUAAACUUACAAUUAUUAGAGCUUCGAACAUGGAGGAUAUUCAGUCAGCGACUCCGGCAACGAAGUCUAAAUUGACGAAAGGAUUCCUGUAUUUUACGACGUCUUUGCAACAAUGUUGCCGCUACAUUAAGGCAUUUUUAGUUGGUCAGGGAAAGAAGAUGACGGCAAGAAGUGAGGAGGAAGCAACACAGGCUGAUAUGUUGAAAGCAAAAAUGGAGGUCGAUGCUGCUGACGCUGCAGAGAAUACGAAGAAGCGACUUGAUAAUUCCAGCUGAUAUUCCUAAAAUGUUUGUUUCCCAUUAUUGUUUGUAGUAUUUGAUUAGAUUAUAAUUAUGAAGGAGCUCGAUCGUGUAUUUAUACGUACGAAUACGAAUGGAUUGUACUUGAGAACUUGUGCUGCGUUGGUCGUUAGUGGCCCUAUAUAUAUGUACGUACGUUUUAUUUUUAUGAGAUUUUCCUAGUAUAGAUUGAAAGAUAUGAAAAGCUG